AUGCCUCAUAUCAAGUUCGAGUCGUCAGACGACGAAGCUGUCGAAAAAACGAAAGAUCGUUGUAGUGAACCGACUGAUCUGAGUGGUCAAAAAUCUCGGAAGUCGACAAACGACCCGGAAACGUUGGAGAAGUUCUCAGAUAAAAUGGAUACGUCUGACAAUGCUGAGAAGAAAUGUAUAUCACCACGAGAUGAUUACAUAGCAGCAUCUGGAUCAGCGGAACCUAAAGAGAAGAGGAGAGAAAAAAUGGACCAGAACGAUGAUAUCAGUUGCGGUGAUGUCCCUGAACCAAAGGAAAAGAAGAGCAAACCUGAACGAUUCGAUGACAGAAUUGAAAGGAAGGUGACAGAUGAACGGAGGGAUCGCCAGGAUGAAAAACGUGAUAAGCAUAGAACGGAAGAGAGAAGGGAAAAGUCCAGAGUGGAUGACCACCGACACGAUGAUCGAGUAGACAGACCGAGGGAUGACGACCGAAGAGACAGAUCAGAUGAUUAUCGACGGAAAUCCCAUGAUAGUGAAUUUCCGAGCAAAAGACCGCGUAGAGAUGAUUAUGAAGACAGAAAUAUGGAAAGGGAUAGAGACAACCGACAAGGAGGUCGUUUCGACAACAGGCGGCGGGACGACUAUCGCAACCGUGAUCGCGACGAAAGAGAUAGAUUUCAGAGGAAAGACGAUCGGCGAGACUAUGGUGGUCCACGGAGGGACUACCGAGGGGGAGGCGGUUAUCGACGUGGUGGGCAAGGCAGGAAUGGCGGCAGAGAUAGAGAAGGAGGAUGGAAAGGAAGAGAUGACAAGAGAGAGAAAGAGGACCGCUCGACAUGGGAUAUUCGGCCUACUGCUGAAGAAGUUGCUAAACAGAAGAAGCUGCUAUGGGGAUCGAAACCAACUUCAGCAUCUGGCGGAGAAGGAAGCAGUGGAGGCGGUGAAGUGAGCGCUACUGUUGCUACGGCAGCACCGUCGAAUCUGACAAAGAAUGCUGGCUUAUGGUCCAGCGCAAUUACUGCAAGUGGUGCGGACAGCAAAAGACUUCAAGAGGAAAGUGAAAAACAGAAAAGAAUGAUGCGAGAUUUGGACAGACAAUACGAAAUAGCCCGCGAAACAACACAUAUGGGGCGAGGUCUCGGACUAGGAUUUCAUCAGUGA